CGCGCCGCCGCCAACGCGCAGGAGCGCGCGGGCAGAUUAAUGUAGGAUUUAAGCACUUGACUAAGUAACGGGAAACUGCUGAUGACUGUAUGAACGCGGAGAGGGACCUUUUAAUUUAAUUGGUAAAUUGAUUAAUCAAUCGUAUUUAUUUUUUUGGCUUGAUGUGCCUAUUCAUGUUAAAGAAAAUGGACUGAACCUAGUUACUCGUUUAGUCUCCGUUUUAAUUGGCGGUACUUUUUCAUAAUCUUAUACUGUUUCUGAAGGAUGUUCACCAUGAAUCACAAUAAGCGGUCAAACCAUUAAUCGGUCAUUUACUGCAAAGCCUUUUUAAAAGCUUAACUGACAAGAGCAGGUAGAAGGCUUAAUUGAAUUGUUCAUUAGUGUGUUGCACUUGUACUGAGCAAAAGGUCAUAUGUAAUGCCCAUUUGUCAAUACCAGGUCUGUUGUUUUAUCGACAACAUUUCCAAUGCUUAAGAAGCAAAACAAUUUGUCGUUUUGUUGAACAUGAGAAAAUCUUUUUUUAAACGAGCUAAGGUAUUACCUUGGUUAGCCAAUGUCACGUUAUACGGAUGCUUGUUCGCGGGAGGGGAUUUCGUCCAUCAGUGUCUCGCGCAGAGAGAUGAGAUUGACUGGAAGCACACGAGAAAUGUGGCGAUUGUGGCCCUCAGUUUCCAAGGUAACUUCAAUUACUUUUGGUUACGGGCCUUGGAACGUCGUUUCCCGGGAAGAUCGGCCGGUAUGAUCGUCCGCAAACUGUUUUUGGACCAAACUUUUGCAUCACCUUUGGCCACCAGUGUCUUCUACACAGGUGUGAGUUUCCUUGAGGGAAAGGAGGACAUAUUUGCAGACUGGCGAGAAAAGUUUUUUAAUACAUAUAAGACUGGACUAAUGUACUGGCCAUUCAUGCAGUUUCUGAAUUUCGUUCUGAUGCCUCUUUACCUAAGGACAGCAUUCAUGGGCUGUUCAGCAUUUAUCUGGGCCACAUUCUUAUGUUUCUCACGGCAGAGUGGGGAUGGCACAGCAGCAGUGGCCUUGGCUUGGGUCAUGGGCCCCAAAAAAGGGCUUCUACCUCGCAGUAAAGAUGAGGAGAAAUAGCAAUACAGUGGCGCACAUGAACAACUUUGUGCCUUUGUGGAUGGACUGUUCAGGAUCACAGUGUAUUAGGGCUGUGUUUUGUUUAUAAAUCUUGUCACUUACAGUCUUAAGAGUUCUAUGAAAAUUCUGUUAACAUGUUGAUACCUUUAAUUUAUAUUUAUGCUGAAAAAAACCCUAUUCCUUUGCUUAUAUUACAUGAGGUUGCCAUUCAACCCAAAUACCUUAUUUAUUGUAAGAUACUAUCUUAGAUGGACAUGCUGUGUAGUAUUUUAUGCAAACAAAAAUAUGUUCUGAAAGUUAAUUUUGGAGGCAAUCUUAGCUGGCAAAAUUUAUAUUGUUACUGGUAUUCACUGUGAGAUUAGUUCAUAUUUUUUAACUGAAAUCAGGACCCAUUCACUCAUAAGGUUUACAUAACAUUUACAUUUCCUUAUGCAGUAUUCAAAAGCUUUACACCUUGUUAAACUAUAAAAAAAUAAAAAUAAAUGUAAUCGUAAUUAUGUAUUGCUUUACACAAUUUACAAAAUGUCGAUUUUUCAGGGUUAAUAGUUUGGAUAAACCAGAGGUUACAUUGUUUGUAGGUUGUAUAGUUUCAUGUUAUGCUGUUCUUAAGAAAGUAAUAUGUUUAACUUGCAGAAUUGUCACAGAAGACAGAUCAGCAUAGAUCAAAUGAGGUAUUGAGGGUGGUGCUGGGUAACAUGGAUAAAAGCUUGUCCUGUGCUGAUUGUCUACGUGGAUUAAGCAGGAUCACACACUUGCUAAUCUUAGAAGGGCAAAAAUGUUUGGUGUGCGCUUGCUGUCUGCCAUGUAUAUGACCUCUGACAACAGGAAUGAAAAAUCCUCUCUUAGUUAUUGUCAACAUUUAUGUCAUGAUUUUGGAGAAAUGCCUUUUGAUUUUGAUUUUGAAUGCUAGUGAUUUUAAGACAAAUUGAGAAGGAUGUAAAUAAAAAUCAUGAAUUG